AAAAUAGUGACAUCAUUUUACUAAUUAAAUGUAAAAAAGCCAAUGCGAUUCAGAAACCUGUGUGUCUCUAUUUCCCCAUGAAUCACCUCAAAGCAAUCAAAAGAAACCAGAAAUUAAAAGCAGACAAAUGGAGUCUCUGACAACACUCUGCCCUCCUGCCACCGUGAUAAAACACAACACUCUCCACUCAUUCACUCAUUUUCUCCCAAAUAUUCAUUUCCAUUCUUUCAUAAUCAAAACCCCUUUUUCUCAAUUUCCUCUCAAAUGGGUUAUCUUCCAUCUUCCUUCCUUCUUAUCAUCGUUUUCAUCGAGCUCUGUUUUCAUGGCUCCUCCAUCACACACUGGGAAGACGUACAAGCUCUCAAACAGUUCAGAAAUGGCGUCAAUUCCAACUCAGUGGGUCCCGGCUCCUGCUUAGCUUCCUGGGAUUUCUCCGUCGAUCCAUGUGACUCCCUCUCCGGCGAGAAAUUCACCUGUGGUUUCCGAUGCGACGCCGUGGUCUCCGGCGUUAGUAGAAUCACCGAACUCACACUCGACCGGGCUGGUUACUCCGGUUCACUCUCGUCUUCAUGGAACCUUCCUUACCUCCAGACAUUAGACCUCACUAGCAACUACUUCACCGGUUCCAUUCCCGGUGCUUUUUCCCGAUUAACUCGUUUGCAACGACUCAGUCUCUCUGGGAACUUGCUCAACGGGUCAAUCCCUGACUCGGUUGGGUCACUACCCAACUCACUCGAGGAGCUUCUUCUCGACAACAAUAAUCUCCAGGGGCCCAUUCCACGAUCUCUCAACGGUCUAAAGAAUUUAAAAAGACUCGAACUUCAAGGAAACAGACUCAGUGGCGAGUUCCCAGAGUUGACUCAACUCAGUCAACUUUACUUCCUUGACGCCAGCAACAACGCCAUUUCCGGCGACCUUCCCUCGACUUUCCCCAGCAACCUCAUUGAACUAGCCUUGAGAAACAACUCACUACAAGGGAAUAUUCCGGCGAAUUUACUCAAUAACUCGGUUUAUCUUCAAGUAUUAGACCUGAGUUACAACAAUCUCACUGGUUCCCUUCCACCGGAUCUUUUCACCCACCCUUCUUUAGAACAGCUGACUCUAGCAUACAACCAGUUCCGGUGGGUUCUUGUUCCGGCGAACUGGGGCCAGAACAGCGAGCUCAUAGCUGUUGAUUUGAGUAAUAACGAUAUCCAUGGUUUCUUACCCGGAUUCUUGGGUUGGAUGCCGAAACUCUCGGCUUUAUCAUUGGAGAACAAUAAGUUUUCCGGUAUGAUUCCGACGCAGUAUGCGUUGAAGGCGGUGGCGGAGGAGGGUCAGGGAGGAGUAGCUCCGUUUGAGAGGCUGUUGUUGGGUGGGAACUACUUGUUCGGGUUGAUACCCGGCCCGUUAUUGCAGUUGAGAUCCGGGUCGGGUGUGACGAUCCGAUUAGGGGACAAUUGUUUGUAUGAGUGCCCCGAAAGCUUUUACUUUUGUGGAGGAGGAAUACAGAAAAGUCUAAUGGAGUGCAAGGCUUUUACUCCCGUGAUCCCGUGAUUUAAAUUUUGUAGGGUCAAUGUCAUGGAUUCAAUUGAAUGGUGUAUAAUUCGAAUUUUGUUUAUUUAUUUAUAUAAUGAAUUAUUUUCGUAGAA